CAUCAAGUCUACAUUUGGCCGUACAACUAUCCGUCAUGGCCAAAAGUAAGGGGAAGCGCUCCUCCGGAGCAAACGACGCCAUCCCCGACGGUGGUGUCGCUGUUAACGACUCCGCCCCCGCUGCUGAUGCCCUUCCACAGCUAGAGGAAAGUGCAUUUGCCGGCUUGCGCCAGAAGAUCGAACAGCGACUGAAGGACCAGAGCGCCUCGAAGCAGAAGCCCAAGAACAACAGGGGAAAGUCGGGUCCUAGUGAUACGCCACAGAAGAAAGAACCCGCACCCAAGCCCCAGCCGAAGCAAGCGUCCAACAACGACAAGAACAACAAAGGCAAGAAGCGGGACCGCAAUGGUGAGGUGAUCGCGAGGGAGGACAAGGUUGUUUCGAAGGAUAAGAAGCCGGCAUCGAAGGAGAACCAGGACGAUGUUUUGCGGCAGGAGAUUUUGGCCCUCGGAGGCACGGAGGAAGAUUUGGAUCUCAUCGCCGGGGUUGGCUCGGAUUCUGAAGUUGAAGAUGCUACAGAGAAGAAAUCCAAGGGCAAGUCCGACGACGCUCUCCGGAAGGAACUGUCGAGUAUUCUGGCAGCGGCCGGUCAGGUUGUCCCUGACGACCUAGAGGACGAUGAGGUGGAGGAAGAGGAAGCUGAGGAGGAAGAAGCAAGCGAGGAAGAUGAUGUCGAAGAGGACGAUGAGGAAGAAGUCGAGGAUAACGAGGACGAGGAACUGUCAGAGGAUGAGGAGCCAGCUCCUGCUCCCGCCCCGAAGGAGAGCAAAGAACCCGCCAAGAAAGAGAAAGCCAACAAGGAACCUACCGCCGAAGUCGUCUUUCCCAAGGAGUUUGCCAAACUCGCUGUUCGACCCAGGUCCGAUUGGUACAUGACGGAACUGCCCUCUAUACCGACAGCACAAGCGAAGUCUCUGCCUCGCCAUGUGGUGGAUCGGUUCUACGAUUACGCCGUCUCCCUCCUCGAGAAGGAAAACAAGAUGUACGCGGAAGCGCAGCAAGCAUCUGCCUCUUCAUCCCACAAGUUCUACAGCACGAUCAUGUCUACCGGUACUCUUAGCGAUAAGACCUCUGCCUUGACUCUUGCUGUUCAGGAAUCGCCUCUUCACAACACGAAGGCAAUGGAAAACCUCAUUGCCCUUGGAAAGAAGCGCAGUCGUGCUCAGGCCGUGGAAGUUUUGAGAUCGCUCAAGGAUAUGUUCGCUCAAGGAACACUACUUCCUAGCGACAGGAGACUCCGGGCUUUUGCCAACCAGCCGUCCCUAAUUGCUGCGUUGCAAGGCGCAGGCAGCAAGUGGUCCGAAGGAGACCCUCUCCCUGGAGGGCUUCAGAAGAGCCACUUGAUCGUUUGGGCGUAUGAACACUUCUUGAAGGAUCAAUUCUUUGAAGUCCUCAAGAUCCUUGAAACCUGGUGUAACGACGAGAUUGAGUUCUCUCGCUCCAGAGCUGUUAGCUACGUUUACGAAUUGCUCAAGGAGAAGCCGGAGCAGGAAACGAACCUCCUGCGACUGUUGGUUAACAAAUUGGGAGAUACUUCGAAGAAGAUUGCUUCGCGGGCAUCUUACCUCCUGUUGCAACUUGAACAGGCGCACCCUCUGAUGAAGCCCACCAUCAUCGCCGCCGUCGAGGAAGUUCUUUUCCGUCCUGGUCAGAGUCAACACGCCAAAUACUAUGCAGUUAUCACGCUGAACCAGACGGUCUUGAGUGUCAAGGAGGAGACCGUUGCACUGAAGUUGCUCGACAUCUAUUUCUCCAUCUUUGUUGCUCUCUUAAGGCCUAACAAGGAGCCAAAGGGCAAGAAGAAUGGAAAGUAUGGCAACAAGCACAACAAGAAUAAGGGGAAGGAGGACGCUGAUAAGGGUCUGGCUCAGACUGAAGAGGUGCGGGAUAAACUGACCUCUGCAGUUCUGACUGGUGUCAACCGAGCCUACCCGUUUACCAGCUCGGAUAGUGAACGACUCUCCAAGCACAUCGAUACUCUCUUCCGCAUCACACACUCCGCAAACUUCAACACCAGUAUCCAGGCGCUCAUGCUGAUCCAGCAGAUUACCUCGACUCACCAGGUUGGUGCUGAUCGCUUCUACCGCACGUUAUACGAGUCUCUUCUCGACCCUCGGGUUGCUACAUCCUCCAAGCAGUCGCUCUACCUCAACCUUCUAUUCAAGGCCUUGAAGAACGAUCUGAACACUCGCCGUGUGAAGGCGUUCGUGAAGCGUAUCGUUCAGGUUCUUGGGUUGCAUCAGCCCGCUUUCAUCUGCGGUGUCUUCUACCUGAUCCGUGAACUGGAGAAGACAUUCCCCGAUCUUGCUUCCUUGUUCGAUCAGCCGGAAGAGAACGACAGUGAUGACGAGGAGGUGUUCCGCGAUGUUCCUGAUGAGGAUGACGAGCCUCAGGAGCAGCCAGAGGUCACACAGAAGCCGGAGAAGCCUUCGACUCAAUACGACCCCCGCAAGAGAGAUCCCGGUCACAGCAAUGCCGACCGGACAUGUCUGUGGGAACUGCUACCUUACCAGUCUCACUUCCACCCCUCCGUGUCAGUGAACGCGGCUCAUCUGCUCGACCACAAGCCAAUGUCCGGACAGCCCGAUCUCACAUUGCACACGUUGUCCCACUUCCUCGACCGCUUCGUCUACCGGACCCCCAAGGCGUCUGCGCUCACCCGUGGUUCAUCCAUCAUGCAACCUCUGGCAGGCAGCGAGGCCAAGGAUCGGUUGGUCGCGGGCGGCAAGUCGAUCCAGCAGCUGCCUCUCAACUCGGAGGCCUUCUGGAAGAAGAAGUCUGAGGAAGUUGCCGCGGAAGAUGUCUUCUUCCACGAAUACUUCAACCGCAUUGGAAAGGGUCAAGACAAGGACAAAGCCAAGAAGGCCAAGGAUGCAGUCGACGAAGACGAGGAGGAUGCCGAACUCAGCGGCGCCGAGUCCGAGAUCUGGAAGGCGUUGGUUGAUUCCCGUCCCGAUCUGGAAGCGGGCAGCGACGACGACGAUCUCGACAUGGACGAUCUCGAAUCCGCUUACGACAAGUCUGACGAUGAAGACGAAGAAGGCGGCGACAGCGAGGUCGAACUCAACCUCGACUCGGACGACGAGAUGGAGGACAUCGAGGAGGCCGCAGUAUCUGAUGUUGAGGAGGAGCAGCCUGCCACCAAGCCCAAGGCUAAGAAGGGCAAGGCCGCCAAGGAGGAAGAGCCAUCUGACGACGAGGAUGCAUUUGACAUGGACGUUUCAGACGACGAGGCCUUCGUCGACAGUGACGAGGAACUGCCCUCUGACGUGGAACUCGCCGCGGUUGAGGAGCCUCCGAAGGAUGACAAGCAGUCUGAGCGGAAGAAGCGGCGCAAGCUCAAGCACCUGCCUACAUUCGCUUCUGCGGACGACUAUGCGGCCCUGCUGGCCGGGGAGGACGAGGGAAUGUGAAUUCGGAGCUUGUAGUUACUACCCUGAUAUGCUAUCUAUUGCAGUAUACCACAAAAGCAUGCACUUGGUUCAGAGUCUAU